AUGAAAAACCAUGUUAAAUAUAGCGACGAGCGGUUCUGCCAUAGACGAGUGGCCCGCCUGGACAUGGACGUAGACGUGCAGCAACAGCAACAGCAACAGCAACAGCAACAGCAACAGCAACAGCAACAGCAACAGCAACAGCAACAGCAACAGCAACAGCAACAGCAAUAG